AUGGUCAGGACCAGGUCGAGGGCUACUAGCCCUAGCCGUCAGGGAAGCAGAGGCGCUUCAAGUGAUCCCCAGCGUGAUCGCCAAUCUGCACCAGUCAUGCAGACGUCAUCCGUUCAGAAUAUGCAAUCCAUGGCGGCUGCAAUGGCGGAAUUGACUCGCCAAAACCAGGAGUUAAGGAUGGAGAUCAGUCAGAGAAGACAGACACGUGAGGAACACGCAGGACAGACACAAGGCCAUGGUGACAAAGAGAAUACUGAGGUUGGAAGCCAGUUUAGAGGCACCACUUCACGGGUAGUGCCACACUUGAAGGAGGAGAUGGACCAAAUGAAGAAAGUCAUGGAGGAGAUGAAGGAGAACAUGAGGAGAACUAAUCCUAUAGAGGAUUUGGUCCACAGAACAGAUUCUCCUUUUACGGCUUCCAUCAAUGGCCACCCCUUACCAUCAAAGUUCAAACUGCCUUCCCUGGACUCGUAUGAUGGGACGCGUGACCCCUUUGAUCACAUUGCAACAUUCAAGACGACAAUGCACCUCCAAGGGGUCCCUGAUGAAAUCAUGUGUCGAGCCUUCCCUACUACCCUUAAAGGCCCGGCACGAGUUUGGUUCAGUAAAAUCCCCCCAAGUUCCGUAAGUUCUUUCGAAGAGUUAAGCAAAUUGUUUGUUAACAAUUUCAUCGGGGGACAGAGGCACAAGCGCUCUUCGUCCAGCUUACUGACCAUAGAACAAGGGGAGAACGAAAGCCUGCGGUCAUUCAUCACUCGCUUCAACAGGGAAGCCCUUAGCGUGGACGAGGUGGACGACAAGCUUCUACUGGCAGCCUUCCACAAUGGGAUUAAUUCGGAUUUAUUUAUCCACAAGCUAUACGAGAAGGAGCCGCAAACCAUGGCCGAGCUCGUGCUCAUGCAAAUCAAAGACGAUCCUUCUUUAAAAUGGCCAGAGAAGAUGAAAGGGGAUCCCAACAAGCGCAAUAAGAACAAAUAUUGUCGCUUUCACAGGGACCAUGGGCAUGACACGGAUGAGUGUUAUGACCUAAAACAGCAAAUUGAGAACCUUAUCAGGCAAGGAAAGUUGAAGCACUUUGUUGGAAGGGAUCGUACAGAUGAGAAGCUGAAAGGCAAAAUGGAGGAAUCAUCCCGGCCCCCACUUGGAGAGAUAAGGAUUAUCGUUGGAGGGAACCUGAUGGGGCGAUCUUCCAAGUCGAAGAAGACGUAUCUCAAAGCGGUACAAAAUGUCCAGCUCUCUGGACGACCACCAAGGACGAGAUUAAUGGACGAGCCAACCAUUUCCUUCACCGAUGAAGAUGCUGAGAGGAUCCAUCACCCGCAUGACGAUGCGAUCGUUAUUACACUGCUCAUUGCAGAUUAUACAACCAGAAGAGUGUUAGUUGAUAAUGGAAGUUCAGCAGACAUAUUGUACUACCCCGCCUUCCAACAGAUGAGGCUUGGACGAGAUCAACUUCGUCCAGUAUGCUCACCGCUGAUAGGAUUUGGAGGAAUGAAGGUGCAGCCCGUGGGUACCAUUACAUUACCAGUGGUGGUAGGGUCAUACCCGCAACAGAUAACCAGGGAAGUCAAUUUCCUCGUGGUAGACUGUACUUCUUCAUACAAUGCCAUCAUCGGAAGACCCACUCUUAAUAGUUGGAAGGCGAUAACCUCAACCUACCAUCUAUCAGUCAAAUUCCCUACGGAGUACGGGAUAGGACAAGCACAAGGAGAUCAGUUGGCAGCUAGAGAAUGCUACUUAGCCAUGAUGGCUUUGGACGAACAGAUGCAGACAAUGAGCAUCGAGGAGAGAAGAGUUAUUGCAGAGCCCACGGAAGUGUUGGAAGAUGUUCUUUUGCAAGAAGAUGAUCCUGAGAAAUUUACCAGAAUUGGAACAGGACGGAAUGUGGAGGUUUAUGUCGACGACAUGCUUGUGAAGAGCAUAGACGGGGGAAGCCAUCUAGACGACCUACAGGAAACCUUUGAAACACUUCGGCGAUAUAAGAUGAAGUUAAACCCAAGCAAGUGUGCAUUCGGAGUAUCGUCGGGAAAGUUUCUGGGGUUCAUGGUCUCGCAAAGAGGAAUUGAGGCAAAUCCGGACAAGAUCCAGGCUAUAUUGAACAUGGAGCCACCGAAGAAUAUCAAAGAAGUCCAAUCCCUCACAGGACGAGUUGCCGCCUUGAACAGGUUUGUUUCGAAAGCCACAGAUAAGUGUUUACCUUUCUUUAAAGUCCUCAGGAAGGCAUUUGAGUGGACGGACGAAUGCCAAAGGGCCUUCCAAGACCUGAAGGACUAUCUCACAACUGCCCCAUUAUUAAGUCCAUCCGUGCAAGGAGAAGAACUGUACUUAUACUUAGCGGUGUCCCCACACGCCGUAAGUUCAGCUUUAAUCAGAGAAGAGGGGAAAAUACAGAAACCGGUGUACUACACCAGCCGGGCACUCAGAGGAGCAGAGGGAAGAUAUCCGCUCAUGGAGAAAUUGGCUUUUGCGCUGAUAACGGCUUCUAGGAAGUUGAGACAUUACUUCCAAGUUCAUGUCAUCAAUGUCAUAACGGACCAUCCGCUUAAGAAGGCAAUGAACAAGUUGGAAGCCGCAGGACGACUGAUUCAGUGGGCAGUUGAACUUAGCGAAUUCGACAUUCGGUACCAACCGAGAAAUGCAAUAAAGGCUCAAGCCUUAGCAGAUUUCAUCGCAGAGUUCACUCCAAGUUACGAAGACCUGGGGGAAGGAGAGUACAACAAAUGGGUCAUCCAUGUAGAUGGAUCAUCUACAUUAUAUGCUGGAGGAAUAGGAGUUGUUUUGCAGUCGCCGGAAGGGGACAAAUUGAAAUACAAGGCCCGUCUGCAAUACCAGACUACUAACAAUGAAGUGGAGUAUGAAGCCCUUUUAAAGGGGUUGGAACUGGCCAAAUCUGUAGAAGCAGACACAAUACUUGUCAUGGGAGAUUCUCAACUGGUCAUAGGCCAAGUCAAUGGAACAUAUGAAGCCAAGGAAGACAGAAUGAAGAAGGAAGAGAAUGUAGAGGCAGAUACUCUGGCGAAGGAAGCAUCUGCGAAUGAGGCGUUGGACGAUAUAGAUGGUGUAUACUACAUGCCAAGUAUAGACCUUCCAGAACUGAUGCAGAUAGAGGGAGAAGAAAAUUGGAUGACCCCAAUAGUGUCCUACUUAAAGGACGGAAGGCUUCCAGAAAAGAAGGACGAAGCUAGGAAGCUCAAGGUCAAGUCAGCCAGGUAUGUGCUUAUGGACGAGGUGUUAUACAAGAGAGGUUUUUCCCAGCCUCUCUUAAGAUGUUUGGCCCCAGACGAAGCGAAUUACAUGUUGAGGGAGGUUCACGAAGGAGCAUGCGGGAACCAUUCAGGAGCCAGAUCACUCGUCCAUAAAGUCAUCCGUAGCGGGUUCUAUUGGCCAACCAUCCAAGCUGAUGCUAAAGCAUAUGUCAAAGUAUGUGAUCAAUGUCAACGCUUCAGCAACAUUCCCAGACAACCAGCAGAAUAUCUCACGCCAAUGAUGGCCCCUUGGCCUUUCGCGCAAUGGGGACUAGACAUUUUGGGGCCCUUUCCGACUGGAACUCGGCAAAUGAAGUUUCUGGUGGUGGGAAUAGAUUACUUCACAAAAUGGGUGGAAGCCGAACCCUUAGCCAAAAUUACGCAGCAGAAUGUCAAGAACUUCGUCUGGAAGAACAUUGGAAUUUUGUGA